UCGUACGUGCGGUGGCCUGACCCCUGUGCCCCAGCCCCAGAGACAUGUCAGCGUGGGUGACGGGGCCCUUCCUGGGAUGGAUGACCUGGAUCUCUUAGCCAUGUUAGUCCUGUUUGAGAAAUGGGACCCUCAGACCAGCCAGUUUGCAGAUUUCCAGCGGAGCCCAGCGACGUAGCCAGCAUGGCCUCUGAAGACAUCGCCAAGCUGGCAGAGACACUUGCCAAAACCCAGGUGGCCGGGGGACAGCUGAGUUUCAAGGGCAAGAGCCUCAAACUCAACACGGCGGAGGACGCCAAAGACGUGAUUAAAGAGAUCGAAGACUUUGAUGGCUUAGAGGCUCUGCGCCUGGAGGGCAACACGGUGGGCGUGGAGGCAGCCAGAGUCAUUGCCAAGGCCUUGGAGAAGAAGUCAGAGUUGAAGCGAUGCCACUGGAGCGACAUGUUCACGGGGAGACUGCGGUCCGAGAUUCCGCCAGCCCUGACCUCACUAGGGGAGGGACUCAUCACAGCCGGGGCGCAGCUGGUGGAGCUGGACCUGAGCGACAACGCGUUUGGGCCUGACGGCGUUCGAGGCUUCGAGGCCCUGCUCAAGAGUCCCGCCUGCUUCACCCUUCAUGAGCUCAAACUCAACAACUGUGGCAUGGGCAUCGGCGGUGGCAAGAUCCUGGCCGCGGCUCUGACGGAGUGUCACCGGAAGUCCAGUGCCCAGGGCAAGCCACUGGGCCUGAAGGUCUUCGUGGCUGGCAGAAACCGUCUUGAGAACGAUGGAGCCACCGCCUUGGCAGAAGCUUUCGGGAUCAUCGGGACUCUGGAGGAGGUGCACAUGCCACAGAAUGGGAUCAAUCACCCAGGCAUCACUGCCCUGGCCCAGGCUUUCGCCAUCAACCCCCUGCUGCGGGUCAUCAACCUGAAUGACAACACUUUCACCGAGAAGGGUGCUGUGGCUGUGGCCAAGACCCUGAAGACCUUGCGGCAGGUGGAGGUGAUCAACUUCGGGGACUGCCUGGUGCGCUCCAAGGGCGCCGUGGCCAUUGCAGACGCCGUGCGCGGGGGCCUGCCUAAGCUGAAGGAGCUGAACUUGUCGUUCUGUGAAAUCAAGAGAGAUGCUGCUCUGGCUGUUGCUGAGGCCGUGGCGGACAAGGCCGAGCUGGAGAAGCUGGACCUCAAUGGCAAUGCGCUGGGGGAAGAAGGCUGUGAGCAGCUCCAGGAGGUGCUGGACGGCUUCCACAUGGCCAAGGUGCUGGCCUCCCUCAGUGAUGAUGAGGGUGAGGAUGACGAGGAGGAGGAGGAAGAUGACGAGGAGGAGGAGGAGGAGGAGGAGGAGGAAGAAGAGGACGGAGAGGAGGAGGAGGAAGAGGAAGAGGAGGAAGAAGAGGAGGAGGAGGAGGAGGAGGAGGAGGAGGAGCCGCAGCAAGGGCAAGGAGAGGAGUCGUCCACACCAUCAAGGAAGAUUUUGGACCCAAACAGCAGAGAGCCGGCGCCCGUGCUGUCCUCCCCGCCGCCCGUAGACGUCUCCACGUUCCUGGCUUUCCCCUCUCCGGAGAAGCUGCUGCGCCUCGGGCCCAAGAGCUCCGCGCUGAUAGCCCAGCAGACUGACACAUCUGACCCGGAAAAGGUGGUCUCUGCCUUCCUGAAGGUGUCAUCUGUGUUUAAGGAUGAAGCCACAGUGAGGACAGCAGUGCAAGACGCAGUAGACGCCUUGAUGAAGAAGGCCUUUGGCUCGUCAUCCUUCAACUCCAACGCCUUCCUCACCAGACUCCUCAUCCACAUGGGUCUGCUCAAGAGUGAAGACAAGGUCAAGGCCAUUGGCAACUUGUAUGGUCCUCUGAUGGCAUUGAACCACAUGGUACAGCAGGACUACUUCCCCAAGGCCCUUGCACCCCUGCUGCUGGCAUUCGUGACCAAGCCCAACGGUGCCCUGGAGGCCUGCUCCUUUGCCCGCCACAACCUGCUGCAGACGCUGUACAAGGUGUAGGUGUGAAGCCGGCCUCUCCCCACCCUUGGCCUGAACCAGUGACUUGGGAGGGGACUCAGAUGAAGGACUCUGGCCAGAGGCAGGGAGGGUCUUUGUCACGUGCGUCAUGUCAGUCCCCGAGUAUGUGUGUCGGUGUGGUGUUUCCUGUCAGGGUUUGGGUUUUUACAUCUUCCUGCUGGGCUGUCCCUGGUCCCGCUGGAGGGGAGCCGGGUCCCCCGGGAAAGGGCUGAGCUGCUCUGCCAUUAAACUCAUUACCAACUGAGGGCACUCCGGUGAUGUGCGCCUCCAGCUCAAGGCCCCCGUGGCUGUCCCCUCCCACCUUGCCUUCCUGUCCCUCCUGGGCUGCGUCAGAGCCUGGGGGGUUGCUGUCUGUGUGCUGUCCCCUCCCUCAGUGCCGUGGCUGGUCUGUGCUUCAUGCCCUGCCUGGGGCUGCUCACUCAGUGGCUGCCUUUGCUUCCUGUCGCUAAGCCCUGGUCCUAAAGCCACUGUCCCCGCCGUCCAUCCCUGCCGCGUUGGCCUCUGUGGCCUGAGGGGCAGUCUGCUGCGGGUGUGGGCCCAGGGGCGAUCAUCGGAAGGCCAGGCCACGGAGGGCAGGAAAAGCCUGCGGCAACACUGGGUAUCUAGGAGCAGGAGUCGCGGGUAGAUGGCGCUGGCUCCAGACCACGAGGCCCGCCCUGGAGGCUGAGGUGUCUGUGACUGGCCUGGGGGCCAAGCUGGAGGGGGCGCUUUGGCAGGGCCAACCCUGUUCUCCGGCCCAGGCGCAGGGGCAGGGCCCACUGAGCGUGAGCUGCAGCUUGGGUGCUCUUAAAAGGACCCGGACAGGGUGGGGACCGUGCUGGAGCUGCCCCCCCAACGCUCUGUGCUUUCCCCUUUGUGCUCUUUGUGUGUCUGGGCUGUGCCCGGGGCUUCACAAAUAAAGUCAUGUGUGGCAGCUGUGGA